CUGAGAUACUUUACAGCGUUGCAGAAAAUAAGAUGGUCCAUGGUCAGGCAACUCCAUCUUUGUGUAUAAAAUGACUGAAUUGGUUGGGGUGAGGGAUGGGAGGGUUCAGAAAAAAGUGGUUUAAGUGUUUUUUUUUAGUGAUACAGUUCUGUCAUUCCAGCUUUACUGCAGCAUGAUCACAGUACCUGAUUUGGUUUGCUGUAUAGUUGCAUAGUUUUUCUUUGAACAUGAUGGAAUUCUAAUAACAUCAUUAUUGCCUCCACUCAUUCACAUCUUACUCCAGUGCUCACAGAUUAAGCUGAUUCAGCAGGUCACUAGAAUGUCUCCAUUUUUUCUGUUCCAUUGUUUGCACACUCAAUGCAUGAUUUUACACACACACCCCCCCCCCCCCCCCAAGACUUCCUUAAAAGUCAAGGGGAAUUCUGUGUUAUUACAGAAAAAGAGGUUUAACUUCAAGAUUUUGCAUGCUCUAUUUAACUUAAGGCCUGUAAAUCUUUUCUAAUUAUCAAGCUAAGCAAAUGCUUGGGUUCAUUCCUAUUCUAGUGAAUGCAGUCAGCUGCAGGCUAUUUUAGCAUUGCUAAUACUUACUGAUAUGCGUGUCUGUGUUUGCAUCUGGGCCUGUAUAUCUGUGUGUAUAUCAGUAACUAAAAUAAACAUACAGUACCAGUAAGUUCAUAGGAAGAGCAGUAGUCAAAAUGAAGUUUAAAUCACAAUUUAUACUUUCUUUUAAUCUUAGCAUUUAAGCUUGCUAAAUAUAAUAUACUAUAUAUAAUCUUGUAGAAACAAAAAGGUGAAGCUAACUGCUGUAGUGAUGUAUGUUUCCAGUAUCUCAAUCAGGAAUUGGACCCAUCUUUGUAUCAGUGAAGAACUUCAGUCUGCUACAGUGAUGAGAUUGCUAAAUGAAACAAACUUCAGGUACAAUAACAUUGUGUUAGGCUUUGUAAGAAAUUUAAUAUGGUGCCAGCAAAGAGGUUUAAUUCCUGUUGAACUUGUGGACUUAGUCUUGUUGACUUACAGGCUGCUUACAUGUUUAAUAAGCAAGUGCUGAAGUUGAUUCAUGUGUUAAAGUAGCAGUCAGGCUAAGGGCUUCAUGUUGGAGGUAAGCUGAGACCAAAGAGCACAGUCAGCAGUCUCUUGUCUCUCUUUUUCUUUUUUCCCCUGCCCUUUUUCAUUUGGGACUGGAUUGAAGGAUAAAUGGACCUUAAAGAAUAAUGCUUUGAACAGCAGCCUUCCAGCCAGAGCCUGCACCAGGAACAUGUGCUUCUGAGAAGGCCAGCAUUGCUAGUCACUGAAUUGCAAGGAAAAAUGUUAUUGUGUUCAAAGCCAGUAAAAUAUGGCUCUAAUUAAAGACAGAAAUUGUAAUGUCCGUGAAUAGCUGUGACUAUUGCAGGGCAAUAUUUGCCUUCCUGCAGGUGACUGCUAUGAAUUCUUCUACGCUUAUAGCUCUGCAUAUUUUAACAGAUGCUUACAGAGCAGUUUGUGUAUUUUCCAGAUCAAUUGGUAUUACCUUAAAGAUCAUGGAGCAUCAGAAAUCUCUUAUACAAUCUAGAUUUUCCUAAAGAAAUCUGUUGCAAAGAUGUGGCUUUCAUUGUUAGAGGAUGCUUUUAAGGAUUUUUAAAUUUAAUUAUUUUUUUAGUGCACAUAUGUAUGUGUGUGGAAACACCCAAUUUUCUUCUGAUUCUGGAUUUCAAAUGUGUUUCAUAGAACCCAGAAGGUUGUCUCUUCUCUGUCAAUAUUUGUGACUGGUUAAUUAUCAACCCCUUGACCUUCUGGCUGUUCCUGGUGUACAUCCAAAUCUCUGUCCUGUCUUUCCCUAAAAAAAAAAUAAAGCAAAAAAGUGAGUAUAAUUGCAUGGUUCUGUGUACAGUGAACGCAUUCUGGAUCCUGUGGGUUUGGGAAAUGAUCUGUGUAGCAAAGAGGAAUGUGCUGUCAAAUCCUCAUAAAUUAUUUAGCCUGGGAAGGUAAUGCGCAGAAACAGAGACUUCUAUCUUGUAACUUUUACUGCCAGGUACGUGGUGAUGGUCUCCUCACUGGGGUGUGCGUACAUGGACUGAUUUGACAAGGCCAUGAGAAGCUGCUGGCUGCAGUGUGCAGCUCAGCCCUCAGCCUGGGAUCCUUUGCAGUUUAGACAAGGCUGUCACUGGAACUGGCUUAUGCUCAGUUUGGGCCUGAUCCACUCCUCCCAUGUUCACCACAGGGGUUUUAUUCCUUCUGUGAGCUUCAGAUCAGGCCCUACAGCACGUCCUGGUCUAGGUCAAUCUCUGCACAUUGCCCUGCAAACUGUUGGGAUUCCUAUUGUGUGCAGCAUCGAUGUGGCUUGAAGAAACAAUGGGCAUCAGAUCAAAAAUUAACUGGGAAGUCAGCAGGAAGUCAAGAGUAUUCUGAAUGCACACUAAAAUGGAAAGCAGUUCCUCACUUGUGAUGUUUCUCCUACUGAUGUGUUCCAUCAACAGCAGCUGUACAUAUGCAUAUUCAGUGUUCAUGAGGAAGGAUGAAGCACACGAGGUGCUCAAAGUCCAUAAACGCGCCAAUUAUUUUCUAGAAGAGAUUCGUCCAGGGAACUUGGAGAGAGAGUGCAAUGAGGAGAAGUGUUCCUUUGAGGAGGCCAGGGAGAUCUUCCACUCGCAGGAGAAAACAAUGGAGUUUUGGUUCAGUUACAAAGGUUUAAAUCCAUGUAAUACAAAUCCCUGUAACAAUGGUGGAGUCUGCAAAAUAAGACACUACAAUUACUACUGCAUCUGCCCCCCAAGAUUUGGAGGAGACAGCUGCGAAAAAGAGAAGUUUGAGUGCUGGUACAAGAACGGCGGGUGCUGGCAGUACUGCAGGGACAGCAGCAGCGCCUUUCACGUGGUGUGUUCCUGUGCAAAGGAUUACACCCUGCAUGAGGAUGGGAAGAGAUGUGUGCAAGCAGCACCAUUUCCAUGUGGCCUGAUUAAAGCCAGGAGUGCUCUGGAGGAAGAGUGGCUGAGGCUAGAAAGGCUCCCGAGGGGACUACAUGAGCACGGGGAUGAUGAAGCCAAGAGGAAUGAGAGCACAGAGGGCACAGUUAUGCAAAUGGAGCUGAAACAAAGUGCUGCUGGGGAAAAUGAGACCUUAAAGGAUGGCUUUGGGCAGAGCAUGCACACAGAGGGUGACACAGGACAAGCAGAGGUGGCAGGGAACAAAACCCUGGUGGACUCUGUGACACAGAAGCCACUGGGGGCUGGUUUCUCUGCACACAGUGAGGCAGUGGCAGGCACCGCCAGGCCUGGCGAGCCCAGGGGAAGCCUGGCUCCGUGGCCUGAGGCCACCCAGGGCCCUGUGUGGCAGGAAGAGAUCACAGAGCCUGCUACCAGGCAGGAAGUGGUGGAAAAUGCCAUCCAAACAGCAUGGACUGGGCUUCAUCGGGGCAGCGACUGGGAACGUGUUUCAGACACGCCUCAGUUUGUCCAGAUAAACGUCAGCUCUAAUUUACAGCACAACGGCUCCAGGAUAACGGGAGGAACUUUGUGUCAUCGUGGACACUGCCCCUGGCAGGUUUUAAUCCGGAAUAGCAAAGACAUUGGUUUCUGUGGAGGGAGUUUAAUCAGCAGCCGCUGGGUGGUCACGGCUGCUCACUGCCUUGAUCUCGUCAGGCCACACCACGUCACCAUAGGAGACUUUGACAAGUAUCAAAGAGAGUUUAAAGAACAGAAGAUUAAUGUGGAACGGAGCUGGACACAUCCACAUUAUGAUUCCAAUAACUACAACAGCGACAUCGCCUUGUUGUACCUGAGCAGUGCUGUUGUUUUCAAUGAGUAUGCCAUUCCCAUCUGCCUUCCGAGCCCCAGCCUUGCCACCCUGCUAUCCGAAGAAGGAAGAAUAGGGAUGGUAAGCGGCUGGGGUGCCACUCACAACAGAGGUUCAACUCUGCGCUUCCUCAUGAAGGUCCGGCUGCCCAUUGUAAACAUGGAGACCUGCCAGAGGUCAAUGGACAGGCUUGUUACUGAUAACAUGUUCUGUGCAGGGCACCACACUGAAGUGGCAGAUGCCUGCAAAGGCGACAGUGGUGGCCCUUUCACAGUGUCUCACCACAACACCUGGUUUCUCUUGGGGAUUGUAAGCUGGGGAGAGGGCUGUGCUGAGAAAGGGAAAUACGGCGUGUAUACCAGAGUGUCCAACUACAUCCCCUGGAUUAAAGAGGUUGUUGAGAGUGUAGCGGAUUCCGAGAGCUUUUCCAUUAACUUUUCUUAAUACUGUCCUUGAAAUCAAGAACAAUUCUAUGAUUAUGUUUCAGUUUCAGACACUACACAUUUCCUGGCCUUAAUGGUGUAAAAACAAGGUUAUCUUUAAAGAAAUGUUAAGUCUGUUUACCAUAAAUGGUUAAAUUCUUCAUUUGAGUAUUACUAAAAUACUUGUUAUAAUAAAGAACUAUUCUGCAAAGAGCAAA